AUGGCCCAAUCUCCGCCUGUAAUUGAAGGUGCUCGUGAGAACUCGUCAUCUCCGUGCCUCAAGCAUAGAGACCAAUCUGGUGCAUAUCAAAUGCAUCUUUACGUUUGCUGGGACGAAUCCAAAUUUAUCUGUCACCAAUGUUGGAUUGAGGAGCAUCAAGGUCACAAGUGCUACGAUAUCAAUUUUCUGGUCGAUUACUACCGCAGAACGUUGCGUGACUCGAUUGCACUUGUGAAAAAGAAGAUCCGAGAAGUAAAAGAAUGUCAAGCGCCACACGAAGAAUUUCGAUUAUCUUUCUCAGCAGGAUAUAAACUUGUCGAGGAGAAGAUCACAUACAUGGAUAAAGGAUGGGAAAGAAAUAAAACAAACCCCUACAUGGAUUGUAAAGAUAUCUUCAAUAACAAACUCAAAGCUCUGGACUACAUUGAUCUUCGGUUCAAAAGAGAACUCAUGGAGUUUGAACUCCUCAUCAUCCAGAUUGAAAAUUUGUUGAAAAAGGAAGACAAUAAGAUGGCAACCGAAACAAAUGAAUGGAAGGAACUCAUUGAUAAAGCUAAGAAAAUACAACUCUCUGAUGAUCUUAUAACUCUUCCACGAGAAAAACACAAUGCCUCUGAUUUUUAUCCUAUUUAUAAUACGUUCACUAAAAAAGUGGAACUUACAACAUUAAGAAAAGUUGUGCUCGAAGCACAUGCGUCGCAACAAGACUUGGCCUUCGAGUUUCUUCUAUUUUUAUAUAAAAUCAGAGAGUUGACACUGAUUCGAUACAAUGUAUCCUGUCGGUUUCUUCAUAAAGAGGAUGAGAACUGGAACAUCCUCAUCACAACAAGGACGUCGAUAUCUGUUCUUCAAAUCGAAAGACGUCGCUCCAACAAUGAUAUUCUCCCACGAAACUCGCUACUUUUCAAAUGUGUCGGGGAUACUGUGGAGAUGACAAAACACGAAGAUAUACAUGAUAACGUGUAUUACGAUAUUCAUUUGAGAGGUCAACCUGGAGUUCCGACAUUUGCCGCUAAAAUAACGGAUGCGUUUGAAGUUCUACUUGUAAAAAUUUUCGAGACAACAGAACUCUCUGCUAAUCGAGAUGUUGUGCUCCGCAAGAAAUGGUAUGAACGAUAA